AUGAUGCCAUUGAAUGACACGCAGCCAUUCUUUCUCCUCCUCUACUUUCCAUUCACUUUCCCAACACGAUUCGAAACCUGGUCUGGCGCAUCAGACGGCAAUCCUUCACUACUUCCCAGCGCAUUCACAAUCGUGAUGGGCAGUGGUGCUGUGAUUGCCAAGGCACAUCUAAUGGCGGGCUUGUUGUCUACACGGUAA